AUGUUUACACCAGAAAAAUUAGAUUAUUUACUUAGAGCAAAUAGUUUCCUACAGAAAUUACGUUCAUCUGAUUCAAAUCAACAUAAAGAUAUGACAACAAGUAAUACUCCAUCAGUUGAAGAUUUGAAUACAGCUCGUAAAAUAUUUGUAGCUGCUAGACGUGAAUCCCUUUUAUCAAAUAAAAAAGAAACAUAUUUCUAG